UUCCCCCAACAAACCCCGGCCGGUCCACCGGUUCAGUCCCUCAAAAUCUCCCCAGCCCAACCUUGCUUCUUCAUCGCCAUUUUUGGCCUUCCUCUUCAGACUUCUCUGAACCAACAGCUACUCGGCCCCUCUGGUCCUCCGGCCUUCGCAAGCCAAAGCAACCUCUCUCUCUCUCUCAGCUCCAAUGGCUUUGGCAAACACCGCCAUGAUCGCGUCCUCCUCUGCUCCCCAUCGAUCCAGAAUCUUCCUUCGUGACCCCCUCAGGAUGAUCCCCACCGUUCACCACAAAUUCUCCCAGCCUCAUCAAUCCAAUUUCUCCACCUUCAGGAUUGUUGUACAUGCUUCAUCCAAUGGUCUGAACGCUGUAGGGUCCACCUCAUUGAAGUCUGAUCAAGAUGCUGAUUAUGUUCCAAUGCCAAUUGUCAUGAUAGAUCAAGAUUCUGAUUCUGAUGCAACUAUUGCACAACUUAGCUUUGGAGAUCGCCUUGGAGCUCUCAUUGAUACGAUGAGAGCAUUGAAGGAUUUGGGAUUGGAUGUGGCUAAGGGAACUGUGACAACUGAGGGAUCAGUCAAGCAAACAAAAUUCUUCAUAACGCGCUUAGAUACUGGCCGCAAAGUUGAAGAUCCUGAUACAUUGGAAAGAAUUCGACUGACUAUCAUCAACAAUCUGUUGAAGUAUCAUCCUGAGUCUAGUCAGCAACUUGCAAUGGGGGAGGCAUUUGGAAUAAAAGCUCCAGAAAAGAAGCUUGACGUUGAUAUUGCAACUCAUAUACAUGUAAAGGAAGAUGGUCCUAAGAGAAGCUUGCUUUAUAUAGAGACGGCAGAUAGACCUGGAUUGCUGGUUGAAAUCAUCAAAAUCAUUGCUGACAUUAACAUUGAUGUGGAAUCAGCAGAGAUUGAUACCGAAGGGCUUAUUGCAAAAGACAAAUUGCAUGUCAGUUACAGAGGUGCAGCAUUAAACAGUUCCUUGUCACAGGUGCUAGUUAACUGUCUGCGUUACUACCUGCGGAGGCCAGAAACAGAGAUUGAUAGUUACUGAUACCCGGCUGAACAACUUUUGAUUGUAAACAAAACUGUAGUAAUUGUUGUACCGAGUAAUUCAAGAGCACGUUCCAUUUGUGUUUGUACUACUUGCGUAUUGGUUAAAAAAAUGUUGUGCACUUAACUUGCAAA